AUGGAGCAUGAUUGUUGCAAGUUUGUGCAAAAAUGUCAUAAUUGUCAAGUGCAUGGUGAUUUGAAUCGAGUGCCGCCGCACAAACUCAAUGCUAUGAGUUUUCCUUGGCAAUUUGUAGCUUGGGGCAUGGAUAGCAUCGGUCCAAUAGAGCCAUCCACCUCUAACGAACACAGAUUUAUUUUGGUUACCAUUGACUACUUCACCAAGUGGGUUGAAGUAUUGUCUUACAUUUCAAUGACCAAGAAAGUUAUAGCUGAUUUUGUUCACAAUAAUCUGAUAUGCAAGUUUGAAGUGCCAGAAUCUAUCGUUACUGAUAAUGGUGCAAAUCUCAACAAUCACUUGGUGAGAGGUAUACGUAAGCAAUUCAGUAUUACUCAUCAAAACUCAACCGCUUAUCACCCUCAAAUGAAUGAAACUGUAGAGGCUACCAAUAAGAACGUCAAGAAGAUUCUGAGGAAAAUGAUUGACAAGUACCGAGUAUAUGGAAUGAAAGCAUUCAUACCUGCUGAAGUUAAAAUACCAUCCUUAAGAAUCAUUCAAGAAGCUGAGUUGAGCAAUGUUGAAUGGGUCAGUAGGCGCAUUGACCAGUUAACUGUGAUUGAUGAGAAAAUAAUAGUUUCUGUUUGUCAUAGUCAACUAUAUCGACAAAAAAUGAUUCGUGCUUUCCACGAGAGGGUCAGAGCCAGAAUAUUUGAAAUUGGUCAAUUGAUACUUAAGCGCAUUUUUCUUCAUCAGGAUGAGUACAAAGGGAAAUUGAAGACAAAUUGGCAAGGACCUUAUAUGGUUCGCAAAGUAUUAUUUGGAGGUGCUUUGAUCCUGUCAGAUGUGGAUGACAUCGCAUGGCCGAAACCGAUCAACUGA